AUGUUCAAGCUCGCCCGCGGUCGCCCAAUUGCCGCGGCUCUCAGGGCUGCGACGGAGUCCUCCGUCUCUUCCCGUCUCGCUCAGCAGCAGAAGCGUAACCUGUCCAUCCACGAGUACCUGUCCGCCCGUCUCCUGAAGCAGUACGGUGUCGGUGUUCCCAAGGGCGAGGUUGCUACUACCGCUGAGGAGGCUGAGAAGGUCGCCAAGUCUAUCGGUAACGAUGACAUGGUUAUCAAGGCCCAGGUCCUCGCUGGUGGCCGUGGUAAGGGUACUUUCGACAACGGUCUCAAGGGUGGUGUCCGGGUGAUCUACUCCCCUGCCGAGGCCAAGAUCUUCGCCAACGAGAUGAUCGGCCACAAGCUCGUCACCAAGCAGACCGGUGCCGCUGGCCGUCUCUGCAACUCCGUCUACAUUUGCGAGCGCAAGUUCGCCCGCCGCGAGUUCUACCUCGCCAUCCUCAUGGACCGUGGCACCCAGAGCCCCGUCAUCGUCGCCUCUUCCCAGGGUGGUAUGGACAUUGAGACCGUCGCCAAGGAGAACCCCGAUGCGAUCAUCACCACCCCCAUCGACAUCCACACUGGUGUCACCGACGAGAUUGCCCGCACCAUCGCUACCGACCUCGGCUUCUCCGAGCAGUGCAUCGAGGAUGCUAAGACCACCAUCCAGAACCUGUACAAGGUCUUCAUGGACAAGGACGCCACUCAGAUCGAGAUCAACCCCCUGUCCGAGACCUCCGACCACCAGGUCCUCGCCAUGGACGCCAAGCUCGGCUUCGAUGACAACGCCGAGUUCCGCCAGAAGGAUGUCUUCUCGUGGCGCGACGUUUCCCAGGAGGAUGCCGAUGAGGUCAAGGCUGCCGAGUUCGGCCUGAACUUCAUCAAGCUGGACGGUGAUAUUGGCUGCCUGGUCAACGGUGCCGGUCUUGCCAUGGCCACCAUGGAUAUCAUCAAGUUGAACGGCGGUAGCCCCGCUAACUUCCUUGACGUCGGUGGUGGUGCUACCCCCGCUGCUAUCAAGAGCGCUUUCGAGCUCAUCACCAGCGACCCCAAGGUGUCUGCCAUCUUCGUCAACAUCUUCGGUGGUAUCGUCCGCUGCGACGCCAUCGCCCAGGGUCUGAUCAACGUUGUGCAGGAGAUGGGUCUCCGCACUCCCAUCGUUGCCCGUCUCCAGGGUACCAACAUGGAGCAGGCUCACAAGCUGAUCAACGAGUCCGGCCUGAAGAUCUUCUCCAUCGAGGACCUCCAGAACGCCGCCGAGAAGUCCGUCCAGUUCUCCAAGGUCGUCAAGAUGGCCCGCGAGAUCGACGUCGGCGUCGAGUUCACCCUCGGCAUCUAA